UGUUACGCAUGCAUCCCUAGCCAUCGCCUCCCUCGACUGACGAGUAAUGUUAGCUGACUGACAUAGGACUGAUCAGGUUGGACCGUGAACAGUGGUGGGCGACAAAAGCCAAAGAGAUGGAGAAAGCUUCGAGGAUAGGCAACACCAGGCAACUCUUUGGACUCAUCAGGGAAACGGGUGGGAGAAGACAAAUCAUUAGUGAGACAAUCUCGGAAAAAAAUGGCACUAUAAUUAGCUCACAGGAUAGACGACUGGAUCGUUGGAAAGAGCAUUAUGAGGAGCAGUUUAAUUUGCCCACAGCCACGCUCAACCUUCCGAGCAUCCAACACCUCCCUGAAUGGGAUAUAGAUACAGGUCCUCCGUCACUAACUGAGGUUACUAAAGCUGUCACCAAUCUGAAACUAGGCAAAGCAGCGGGACCUGAUGGAAUGACUCCAGAGGUAUUUAAGUACGGUGGAGACAGCUUACUGUCCGGAUUAACUGAGGUACUAGGCAACGUUUGGGAAUCAGAAGAAGUCCCAUCGGGUUGGUGUAAGUCACUGAUUAUCCCCAUAUACAAGAAGGGAGACAAGUCUUCCUGUGAUAAUCACAGAGGGAUUAGCUUGACUAAUAUAGUAUCUAAAGUCUUAGGCUCAAUAAUCAUGCGUAGACUGAGUGGUGCUCGGGAAGCACAAACACGAGAGAGCCAGGCAGGCUUUAGACCAGGAAGAGGGUGUAUUGAUCAUAUCUUCACCCUCCGACAGAUUCUAGAACAUAGGCAUUCCUACCGGCGUCCAACAGUCAUUAUAUUUCUUGACCUAAAGGCAGCAUUCGACUCUGUCGAUCGGGAAGUUCUCUGGAGAUGCUUGGCUGUCAAGGGAAUUCCGAGAAAAUAUAUUGCACUGAUUAAGGCACUCUAUUCGUACUCAUACAGCCAGGUGAGGGCUUACGGCGAGCUGUCAUCUGAACUGGUGACGACCAGUGGUGUCCGUCAAGGAUGCCCAUUAUCUCCUUUUCUAUUCAACUUCAUCAUAGAUGUGUUAAUGGACUUAACCCUAGGUGACUUCAGCGAUUCAGGGAUUGACUUGCUACCUGGGAAUAAUCUCGUUGACUUGGAAUAUGCAGACGAUAUAGUCCUUCUAGGCGAAGACGCUGACGAAAUGCAGAGUCUUCUAAACACCUUGAACAGCAAUCUACGAAUGUUUGGCAUGCGAUUCGCUCCCGCCAAAUGCAAGAUGAUGUUACAGGACUGGACUACGCUGGCGCCUAGUUUAGAAAUAGGAAGUGAAGUGGUAGAGCACGUUGACCGCUUCACUUAUUUGGGAAGUACCAUCAGCCCCAACGGGCUGAUCUCUGACGAAAUCUCAGCACGAAUACAAGGGGCUCGUUUCGCAUUUGUUAGUUUACGCCGACUCUGGCGUAGACGAGAUGUUCGACUAUCGACCAAAGGGCGGGUGUACUGCUCAUCAGUCCGCUCCGUCCUCCUUUAUGGUUGUGAGACCUGGCCACUGAGAGUGGAAGACAUGAAAAGACUAGCUGUCUUUGAUCAUAGGUGCCUGCGUUCUAUUUCCCGUGUAAAGUGGCAUAAUAAGGUGAGCAACAUGGAGGUUAGGCGUAGAGUUCUAGGUAAACAGGGGAAAUCAAUCGACGAAGUCGUGAAGCUACAAAGACUGAGAUGGUUAGGACAUGUGUUACGUAUGCCAAGCCAUCGCCUCCCUCGACGAGCAAUGUUAGCGGAUAUAGGGUCAGGCUGGAAAAAAGCUAGCGGCGGUCAAACAAAAACUUGGCAUCAGUCAAUGAAAUCCACAACAGUUGGUCUUAGCCACGUAGGAAGGUGUAGACUUCCAGGCUGGGGUCCUCGGGACGGCAAAAAUCUAUGGUUGGAAACAAUUGGUGACAUGGCUCAAAAUCGUUCUCAGUGGCGCAGAUGCAUCCACUCCCUGUGACUUAUGAUCUCCAAUGAAACUGUUUUGUAUUUCUUUAUUACUCCUUUGUCUCACACCUCUGCUCACUGUUUCUAUUAUGCUUUUCUUGUACUUUCUUCUCUUGCUUCGCGUGCUACACGGAAUGUGGCGACUUGAACUUCCGCACAUUUGUGCAAAGUUCUAUGUCGAAAACAGACAGACAGACAGA